UGAUUCUCGGCAAUGUGAGAGAAAUGCUUCCAGACAUUUUCAAAGUGAUAUAACAUCCAUGGCGGGACAGCUGAAGGUAACAUCAUUGAUGAAACAGUGAUGUUUUAAUCGUUUGUAUUUGUCAUGAACAAUGUUUUGACUAUUUGGUAAGCGAAACUGGACAGUAGCCACUUCACGUUAGCCACUACAAUCAGAGUGUUGUUGAAUGAAGUGAGCUAGCUAACUUUGCUUGCUACCCUGUGGCUAGCUAGCUUGUUCAUGUAACCAGCCUUUGUUAAGUGAUACGCUAGUUAACUGUUUGCUGGAUGCUGAAUGACUAGACAGACUCAGGCAUGCUGAAUUAUACCCACUGGGUUGUUCAAAGCUGGUAGCCUCUCUGGGUAUUCUGGUUCACUCUCCCUCAUCUAGUGAUUGAACAAUUAUUGCAACUUCACCUGAUGUGCUUCAACAACAGUAUGCCAAGUAGUACACAUCAUAUUUCAGUUUAUUCCCAUCACAUUGUUUUAUUUUUCUUUGCAGCGUCUGAAGGACGCAGUGAAGAUCAUAGGGUCCGGCAGCGUCCUGUUUGUCUCCUACCUUACCGCUGUGGGAGAUGAGCGCUUCUACGCCAACCAGCUCAUGCCCUUGCUGCAGAGGAUUAUGGGAGCAGAGACAGCCCAUGUCAUGGCUGUGAGGUUCAUCGGCCUGGGUCUGGUGCCUCAGAACCACUACCAGGACCCAGCAUCACUGGUUAGUGUGGGAGGAAGUGUCCUCUAGCCUGGCAUGCAAACUGAUUUGGCUAUGUUCGGGCUGGUUUGACCUGGCUAGGUUCAUUCCUGUUUUGACUCUCCUCACUUACACUGAAUUGCCUUUGUGCUGGUGUAAGAUUAGAACGGAAUGUAUGCUUUGUUUGAGAUUACCUUCACUCCCACUGUCUCAUAACUCAACUAGCUAGUCAAAUUUCAUUUUAAACCUUUUUAAUCUAAGUUGUGACUGUUCUUUUGGUCACUAUGUACUUCCAUGGAAUUUAGGCAAAAUGUAUACCUGGUGUUGUUAAUUCUUAUCUCCAGGAAGUGAACGUCAUGGGCCGUAAAUUCAAGAACCCCAUAGGGAUAGCAGCAGGAUUUGACAAGCAUGGGGAGGCUGUUGACGGGCUGUAUAGACUAGGCUUUGGCUUCGUGGAGGUGGGGACCAUCACCCCCAAACCCCAGGAGGGGAACCCCAAACCACGUGUGUUCAGACUGACUACUGACCAGGCGGUCAUCAACCGGUACGGUUUGAAUGAAUAAGACAUGGCUACUGAACCAUGGCAUGGCUGACUGUCAUUCAUUAUAGACAAAUGUUUUUAGCUUGUGAAUUCUGUGUUGUUAUCAGGGUGUUACACUGCCACCUCCUUGCGCUCGCUUUCAUACUCUGAAAGGUGCUGUGAAAUGAGAUGCCAUGGCAUGGUUAUACAUAUUCAUGAGUUGUUAGAACACAGUACUUUGCGUAUAUGAAAGGACAUAUUGGUUAUCGGAGAAGUUCAUCCUCAGCUCAGGAAAAAGCAGCCCAGAUCCAAACGUAAAUCAGGUAUUUGUAAAUAAUUGUUACACAGUAAAGAAGUCUGCAUGUUGUCAUGGCUGUCUAUGCGUGCUUGACAUCGUUCUAAACAUUUAAGAGCAAACCACUGGGGAAAAAAAAUCUGAACCAUCCCAUUUUCUUCAGGGAUGGGAGCGAUAAUUUUCUGUAAUUUUCUUAAAUGUUUUGAAUAGCAAAUUCUAAACAGGCUGACUGACGUUGACACUGCCCUAGCACAACAACAUACACUACCGGUCAAAAGUUUUAGAACACCUACUCAUUCAAGGGUUUUUCUUUAUUUUUACUAUUUUCUACAUUGUAGAAUAAAAGUGUUAAACAAAUCCAAAUAUAUUUUAUAUUUGAGAUUCUUCAAAUAGCCACCGUUUGCCUUGAUGACAGUUUUGCACACUCUUGGCAUUCUCUCAACCAGCUUCACCUGGAAUGCUUUUCCAACAGUCUUGAAGGAGUUCCCACAUAUGCUGAGCACUUGUUGGCUGCUUUUCCUUCACUCUGCCGUCCGACUCAUCCCAAACCAUCUCAAUUGGGUUGAGGUCGGGGGAUUGUGGAGGCCAGGUCAUCUGAUGCAGCACUCCAUCACUCUCCUUCUUGGUAAAAUAGCCCUUACACAGCCUGGAGGUGUGUUGGGUCAUUGUCCUGUUGAAAAACAAAUGAUAGUCUCACUAAGCCCAAACCAGAUGGGAUGGCGUAUCGCUGCAGAAUACUGUGGUAGCCAUGCUGGUUAAGUGUGCCUUGAAUUCUAAAUAAAUCACAGACAGUGUCUGUGAUUUACGGUGGGAAAUACACAUGCGGAGAUCAUCCGUUGGAACCAAAAAUCUCCAAUUUGGACUCCAGACCAAAGGACAAAUUUCCAUUGCUCGUGUUUCUUGGCCCAAGCAAGUCUCUUCUUCUUGGUGUUGUUUAGUAGUGGUUUCUUUGCAGCAAUUCAACCAUGAAGGCCUGAUUCACACAGUCUCCUCUAAACAGUUGAUGUUGAGAUGUGUCUGUUACUUGAACUUUGUGAAGCAUUUAUUUGGGCUGCAAUUUCUGAGGCUGGUAACUCUAAUGAACUUAUCCUCUGCAGCCGAGGUAACUGGGUGUUCCAUUCUUGUCGCGGUCCUCAUGAGAGCCAGUUUCAUCAUAGCGCUUGAUGGUUUUUGCGACUGCAUUUUUUUUUUUUACCUUUAUUUAACUAUGCAAGUCAGUUAAGAACAAAUCCUUAUUUACAAUGACGGCCUAACCCGGCCAAACCCAGACAACUUGUGCGCCGCCCUAUGGGACUCCCAAUCACAGCCGGAUUGUGAUACAGCCUGGAAUCGAACCAGGGUCAGUAGUGACGCCUCUAGCACUGAGAUGCAGUGCCUUAGACCGCUGCGCCACUCGGGAGGCCAGGAAAAUCACUUGAAGAAACAUUCAACGUUUUUGAAAUUUUCCGUAUUGAUUGACCUUCAUGUCUUAAAGUAAUGAUGGACUGUCGUUUCUCUGCUUAUUUGAGCUGUUCUUGCCAUAAUAUGGACUUGCUCUUUUACGAAAUAGGGCUAUCUUCUGUAUACCCCCCUACCUUGUCACAACACAACUGAUUGACUCAAACGCAUUAAGAAGGAAAUAAAUUCCACAAAUUAACUUUUAAGAAGGCACACCUGUUAAUUGAAAUGCAUUCCAGGUGACUACCUCAUGAAGCUGGUUGAGAGAAUGCCAAGAGUGUGCAAAGCUGUCACCAAAGCAAAGGGUGGCUAUUUGAAGAAUCUCAAAUUUAAAAUAUAUUUGGAUUUGUUUAACACUUUUUGGGUUACUACAUGAUUCCAUAUAUGUUAUGUCAUAGUUGUGAUGUCUUCACUGUUAUUCUAAAAUGUAGAAAAUAGUAAAAAUAAAGAAAACCCCUUGAAUGAGUAGGUGUUCUAAAACCUUUGACCGAUAGUGUAGUUGGGUUAAUACAGUGAGCUCCAAAAGUAUUAGGACCAUGACCAUUUUGUUGUUUAGGCUCUGUAUUGGGACAAUGACCAUGAGGUUAAAGUGCAGACUGUCAGCUUUAAUUUGAGGGUAUUUUCGUCCAUAUCAGGUGAACGGUUUAGAAAUUACAGCACUUUCUGUAUGUAGUUUCCCCAUUUUAGGGGACCAAAAGUAUUGGGACAAAUUCACUUACAGUAUGUAUAUUAAAGUAGUAAAAAGUUUAGUAUUUGAUCCCAUAUUCAUAGCACACAAUGACUAUAUCAAGCUUGUGACUCUACAAAUUUGUUUUUGCUGUUUGUUUUGGUUGUUUCAGAUUAUUUUGUGCCCAAUAGAAAUGAAUGGUAAAUAAUGUAUUGUCUCAUUUUGGUCACUUUUAUUGUAAAUAAGAAUAGAAUAUGUUUCUAAACACUUCUACAUUAAUGUGGAUCCUACCAUGAUUACGGAUAAUCCUGAAUGAAUUGUGAAUAAUGAUGAGUGAGAAAGUUAGACGCACAAAUACAGUAUCAUAUCCCCCCCACACCACCAAAAACUAAAUGCUAACCUCCCCUGUUAUUGUAAUGGUGAGAGAAUAGCAUGUCUUGGCGGUAUGAUAUUUGUGCGUCUAACUUUCUCACUCAUCAUUAUUCACAAUUCAUUCAGGAUUUUCCGUAAUCAUGGUAGCAUCCACAUUAAUGUAGAAGUGUUUAAAAACAUAUUAUAUUCUUACUUACAAUAAAAGUGACUCAAAUGACACAAUACAUUAUUUACCAUUCAUUUCUAUUGGGCAAAGAAUAAUCUGAACAGCAAAUGCAUCCAACAAAUUUGUGGAGUCACAAACUUGAUGUCGUCAUAGCGUGCUAUGAAUAUGGGACCAAAUACUUAACUCUUUACUACUUUAAUACACAUAUAAGUGAAUUUGUCCCAAUACUUUUGUACAAAAAGUGCUGUAAUUUCUAAAUGGUUCACCCGAUAUGGAUGAAAAUACCCUCAAACUAAAGCUGACAGUCUGCACUUUAAUUGUAUCAUUUCAAAUCAAAAGUGCAGGAGUACAGAGCCAAAACAGCAACACAUUUGUCACUGUCCUAAUACUUUUGGAGCUCACUGUGGAUGGAGCCACGUUGUUUUUCUUUGAUGUCAUGUAGUCAGUAAAUGACAAUAAGCAUUCGUAUAUUAGGCUAGAAUCAAUAUGAUUAAUUCCAUUUAGCAUGGACCAUAUGCAGGUAUGUGAGGUGCUCAGACUAACAAACCUCUCAUAUAUUAAUAUGCCAGAGUUCUUCUUUGACUACUCGGUGUACAACAACACAGCUUCCCAGAAGUUAAAGUCAAUAAGAGUGCAUAAGAAGAGCAUGAAAUAAAGGCCUCAUUUCAAUAUGGUGGUGUUUAUUACAGUUUUACUCCACUGACUGAAAUUAUUUUGGCAAAAAACACAUCUGGAUUUCAUGUAUCAUGGAUUUUAGUAAUCAAAUGAAUUGAAUAUGCACUCUAGACAGUCAGGGAUAAACACAUACUGUAUCAUAAUGGCAUGAUAAAGGAAUGGAUCCUAAAUUGCUGAUAGUUGCUUUUUUGACAUGUAUGGCAUUUUGUGUAUUACAUAAACUUAACCUCUUGAUUAUGUUGUGGGUAUGUUUCAGAUAUGGGUUCAACAGCUGUGGUCUUGCAGCAGCACAGGAGAGACUAAAGGCAAGAGAAGGCACCCAGGUAGAGCUGACUAAAGGUACUAGAGAGACAACUCAUGUUUCUGUCUUGUCUGUCAGACUGAUAGGUUUGACAGCGCACUGAUAAAUGUCUCAGGGGCACACAGCCAAUUACACUACACUAAUCCUCUGCCCCUAUUUUAUAUGGACAUUAUCUUUCCCCAGGCUCAGAGAUGUUCCUAAUACCAAUCACACUCUGGCAGAGGAGCUAGUAAACGCUUACAAAUGAUUAUCCAAGUCGGAACAGUACUAGCCUAUACAGUCUUGUAUUGACAGACAAAAAGCAAACAACUGAAAUGUUUUUGUCAAGUGUUAUCGACAAAACAUUUUGACUGUUGUAUUUUUAAAACAUUGCUUUAUAUCUUUAAUGAAGAGCAUUUGGUUCAAGUUUCAAGUUUGAUUUAAUUCAAUUUGCCAUAUUUUCAGUAAAAUAGAGCAUUAGUAACAAAAUGUCCCCACUGAUUUAGAUUGGGACAUUAAGCCAAAAUCACACGGGGUGAUGUCCGUCAACGGCGUGAAUUUGCGCGUGCGAGAACAGCAAGCAUUAAUUCACAUAGACCACGUACCGUAAACCAGUUAUUAAGCCGUAUUUGUCAUGGAAAGCGAUUAUAAACAGUUGUAUACUCUCUUGAAAUCUUAGUUACCUCAUUCCUCAAGUUUUCCAGCCAUAGUAGCCUGGACUAUAUGCCCAUGAUCUAAAUCAAAACAGGUAGACUGCUGUAUUGUUUUCAAAUAGGUAGUCUAUUUGUCAGAUAAACCAUAGCCUACAACCAAUUUACUUUUUAACCAUACAACUUUACUUAGCAAAGUAGGGAAGAUCAUAACAAUACCUAGAAUUCCCUUUCUACAAACGAACCACUCAAUCUCUGGAACAGAUUUCAUUAAUUUGAACUAAGGCACUCACUAACCAUGCACAUUGUUUGAACUGUAUUUCAAUCCAAUCGGCUGUAAGCAACAACGGUGAUACUGUCAAGAUAUGACAUUGACAACGAGAUAUAUAAUUCAGAAACACAAUCCAGUUUAUAAAUGUAGAAUGUCAUUGCGUUCAUGCAUUGCUACACCGUUUUUCAUAAGGACUAGCCUAUAGGCCUACAUAAUGUUGGCUUGCAGUUAAACUUAUGAACACUAAAUAGACACUUUUUAACUAUACAUUUCACAAUUCCAGAGGUAACAAUGCACCAACAGUCUAUUUUUGGACAAUUUAUCAGCUCAUUUUACCAGCAUUGUUCUGCGUAGACGCGAGAAAAUUUUCUUGCUUCCUAACGUCUCGAUCACACCGACAGCGUUAUUGCGCAAAAUGGUACACCGCAUCAUCUGGAUAUGUGUGCAACAAAAGUUCAACAUUCACCUUCUGCUACCAUUUCUGUCAAGCCGUCUAAGCAUACAGUUUGACGCAUACGUUCGAUAAAUCCAACUUAUGCACCACACAGAACGUACUGCAACUGCCUCUGCAACUCAAUGCUGUAAGGCGAACACAGCGUUCCAUUGGAAAUUAAUGGACUUCUGGCAUACCAAAACACAAUGACGCUGUCGAUGUGAUCAAGGCGUAAUUUGAUGCGCUAUACGCUCGUGACGCAGUUGACGCUUGCGGCCUGUCUGUUUUCUCUUAAUUCACUCCCAUGCAUUCUAUUUACGUUCUGACCUUAACCUCUCCCAGGGACUCAUCACUGGAAUAUAUGCUGCUGUCUGUGUGUUUUUAGCUGGCCUGCCCCUGGGCAUCAACCUGGGAAAGAACAAGCUGUCCCAGGAUGCAGUGGCAGACUACCAGGAGGGGGUGCGGGCGCUGGGCCCGCUGGCUGAUUACCUGGUGGUGAACGUGAGCAGCCCCAACACCCCAGGCCUCAGGGACCUGCAGGGGAAAGGGGAACUGCGAAAACUGCUGUGCAAGGUCAGUGGCUGGCAAUGUUUGACUGACCUAGAUAUGAUUUAUUUAUAUUUUAUUUAACCAGGAUGUCACACUCAAAUGUGAUAUCAUAAAUUGUAUUUAUUUUAUGUUUGUAGUGUAUGUAUCAUUGGCUUUCCAGAGAGCAUGUUGUUGCAACUUUUCCUUUAUUGAAGUCUGGUGUUUCUGUUCAGUUCAACUUUAUUGACAUAGCUGGUGAUGUUUUAAUAUGGAUUUCUAUGUCAAAAGAUAAUUGACUUCCCAUUUAGACAACAUACACAUCACACAAGCAAGCAAGCACAGCACUGUUUGGAUUGAACACGAAUAACCUUAGAGAAAACUGCUUAGGUGUAUUGCCGUUGUUUGGUCUUCAUGUUGUGCUGUACAUUGUCACAUCUCAUUGACCUGUGUGGAUGUGAUGGAUAUCAUUGAUUGUGUGUCUGUGGUGGCUCAUGUAUAUAUCCCUGUACCCUCCUGUCUUCCCCCCCUGUUCCCCCUCUCCCAUCCAGGUGCUGAAGGAGCGUGAUGCCCUACAGGGGGGGAGCAGGCCACCUGUACUGGUAAAGAUCGCCCCUGACCUCACCGCCCAGGACAAGCAGGACAUUGCUGAUGUGGUCACAGAGGUCAGUCAGAGGCCUAGCCACACAGGGGUCAGUCAGAGGCCUAGCCACACAGGGGUCAGUCAGAGGCCUAGCCACACAGGGGUCAGUCAGAGGCCUAGCCACACAGGGGUCAGUCAGAGGCCUAGCCACACAGGGGUCAGUCAGAGGCCUAGCCACACAGGGGUCAGUCAGAGGCCUAGCCACACAGGGGUCAGUCAGAGGCCUAGCCACACAGGGGUCAGUCAGAGGCCUAGCCACACAGGGGUCAGUCAGAGGCCUAGCCACACAGGGGUCAGUCAGAGGCCUAGCCACACAGGGGUCAGUCAGAGGCCUAGCCACACAGGGGUCAGUGUGAUCCUGUGGGCCUCUCUAUGUAGCCUACUCAACCAAGCCUUAACCUACAGUAUAUAGCCCCCAAUGACUUGGGGCUGCUUACUUUGGUCAUCCGUGUUUCUCCUGUUUGCUCAUCUUCCUUGCCACACUUCUCACCCCACUCACGUAGUCAGCUUGUGUUCUGUAGGCGUCAUCAGAGCAGUCCUGCUGCCGUGGGUCUUAGCCAGCAGUGGACUUAUAUCACCAAAUUGAUUUGAAUGCAUUAGUGUUGCCUCCACUCCACUCUCUAUGUUAAGGGGACUGGAGGAGUUUUUCUGUGUUCAUGGAAGUGGACAGACUCCAAAUGGGAAAAGGGAGACCGAUAGAAAGCACAGCAAAUAUUUGAAGAGUAUUAGAUACGUUACAGUAAAUCUGUGUCAGACAGUCCAUUGGUGAGCUGUGUCCCAACAUUGAUGGCCAAAUUCUGAUCUUUUUCCCACUAAUCUUUUCACAUCCAAUCUUUUUCAGAGCUAAUCUGAUUGGUCAAAAGACCAAUUAGUGAAAAAAAUAUCAGAAUUGGGCUUCCUGUCUAAACGCAGCCUGAGUGUAUUCGUUCAAGUGUGCCUGGAACAAUUAGGAUGCUACACUAACUCCAAUAGAAUACAGGACUCCCUUUUUAACAGAUGGGUUACAAGUGUCUGUAUCAUGAAAAAAAAAGUUAGGAUUUGUUCAUCUUAAUUCUCAAUGAUUGGAUUGCCUAAAUUUGUUUGAUGUGGUGUUAUGGGGUAAUGUCAAAUAGGUAAUCAUGGUUUGUGUUUUAGCUUGGUGUGGAUGGGCUGUUGGUGUCCAACACCACAGUAUCCAGGCCUGAGACCCUACAGGACCCCCAGAGUAAAGAGGUGGGAGGGUUGAGCGGCCAGCCCAUCAAGGAGCUCUCUACACGCACUGUGAGAGAGAUGUACAGCUUGACAAAAGGUAGGUAGGCUCCGUGAAGGAUCAUCAUAACACUGCUGCAGCUGAUACUGGCCUGAUUGAUUGAUUGAUUGUGGGCUGGGGUGUAUAGAAUGUUCUCUUUAUUCACCCAGUAUUGCUCUUUCUCAUUGAAGGUAAGGUGCCAAUCAUUGGAGUUGGGGGUGUAGCCAGUGGACAAGAUGCCCUGGACAAGAUCUGUGCUGGAGCCUCAUUGGUCCAGUUGUACACCGCUUUAACCUAUCAGGGUCCACCAGUUGUCACCAAAAUCAAAAGGGAACUAGAACAGCUUUUAAAGUAAGUGUGAACUUGCAUGUGUUUUUUUUUACUGCGUGACUUAAUAUGUGGUUUUAUCUAGUCAAAUUGCUUGUAUUUGUCGUAUUCUGACGUUAUCCUAUGUUUUACAGAGAACAAGGAUUUGCAAGCAUAUCGGAUGCUGUUGGAGCUGACCAUAGAGGUGCUGACGGGAGAUUUCAACAACAGUCUAGAGAGGGACAAUGA